CUUCCUCUACAAUUUCUCAGGUGGAUCAUGGACGCCUCCCUUCCACCAACAAGUCUUCCUCCAUCUCAAGAUCUUAAUUCUUCUUCAUCUUCUUCGUUAAACUUCCCUUUCUCCAGCUUUAACGAUGAUCCAAUCUAUCGUUUGUUCGAUUUUGAUCAUACCUUGUAUUAUAUCCAUAACCCUAAUCCUAAUCCUAAUCCUAAUCCACCAUUGUUUAUAGAUCUACCAAGUUACCAAGAUUCUAGUUCUUCGAGUUUCCCAGCAUAUGUUAGUAUGAAGGAGCAAAGCUCGGUCUUGCUUGAUUUAACCACUGCCAACAAUACUGCUGAAAGCUCUCACAUUUCUAUUGAUGAUACUUGCAUGCCACAACCAGAUAGUUUUCACAGAGAUGAGUUCAAUCGAGAGAGGGUGCCUGAUGAAACGAAGAUUUCUUUUCGUGUAAAAACAGCGCUCGAGGUGUUGGAUGAUGGCUAUAGAUGGAGGAAGUAUGGCAAGAAGAAGGUUAAAAGUAGUCCUAAUCUAAGGAACUACUACAAAUGUUCGUCAACGGGAUGUGAAGUCAAGAAAAGAGUUGAGCGGGAUAAAGACGAUUCAAGCUAUUUGAUAGCAACCUAUAUCGGGAUGCAUAACCACGAAAUUCCGUCUUUGAUCCCCUGCAAUACACGUCCUACCGAAGUAUGGACAUUGCAAUUGUCAUGACGCAAUCAUCUACGACAAAUUGUAAUCGUAUGAGAUAGUGGGUUUGAAUUUGUUCUCAUAAGUUCUUUACGAUGGUUUGGGUUGGUAGCGAAUUCAAACUAUUUGUAAACUUAGAAUAGAAUUUGAACUUGUUAACACUAUACC